GCCAUUGCAGGAGAGCCUCUCUCUCUCUCUCUCUCUCUCUGUCGCAGCGAGCGAGCGAGCGUGGUGAAGGCUUCGAGCCAGCAAUGCACGCGCUUCGUCAACCUUCGACUCUGCAUCUGCGGUAGUCCUUUUCAUGAACAGUCGCCGGCCCUCAAUCCCAUGUCGUCCGCCACCACGACGACCCAUCUAAGCAAGUCGCCAUGCCUUUAGCCAUACCCGCAUCGGGGGAAGCUCUCUCCACGAUGAUUGCCUGCGUUUCGGGCGCGCCCGACGCUCUUCAAGCGGGGAGGGCCCCCCCGUCUCCGUGCGCCGCGCCGAGGUUCGGCACCGAGGACGCUCUGGCUGCGCUCCGGAGGUGCGCGGAUUUCGGCCAGCUCAGGCAGGCCCACGCGAGGAUCAUCCGGAGCGGCCUGUCCAGCGACCAGUUGCUCGCCAGGAAGAUGAUUCAGGUCUGCUCCUCGCGCGGCCAGAUGGACUACGCCGCUCUGGUGUUUCGUCAGAUCGAGAGGCCGCAGACCUUCACGUGGAAUGUUAUGAUUAGGGAGUACACGAUGAACGGCGGCUCGCGGCGGGCGAUUCUGCUGUAUAAUCUUAUGAUUUGUAAAGGGUAUGCUCCCGAUAAGUUUACUUUUCCGUUCGUUGUCAAGGCUUGCAUCGAUUCGUUGGUUAUUGAAAAGGGCAGAGAGGUUCACGGAAUGGCCAUAAAGGCGGGGUUCUCCAGGGACGUUUUUCUGCAGAAUACUUUGAUGGAUCUUUAUUUCAAGUGUGGGGAUAGGGAGUGUGGGUGCAGGGUGUUUGAGAAGAUGCCCGUGCGUAGUGUGGUCUCGUGGACGACCAUGAUGAGUGGCCUCAUUGCUUGUGGCGACUUGGAUGGUGCCCGACGGACUUUUGAGCAGAUGCCCGCUAAAAAUGUCGUCUCGUGGACCGCGAUGAUUAAUGGGUAUGUGAAAAAUGGGCAACCUCAGGAGGCAUUUGAUUUGUUUCGGAGAAUGCAGAUUGAUAAAGUCGAGCCGAAUGAGUUCACACUGGUUAAUCUGUUGAAAGCGUGCACGGAGCUGGGAAGCUUAAAAUUGGGUAGAUGGAUACAUGACUAUGCUCUGAAGAAUGGCUUCAACCUUGGGGUAUUCCUUGGGACAGCUCUUAUUGACAUGUACAGCAAAUGUGAUAGUUUAGAAGAUGCAAGACGGGUGUUUGAUGAGAUGCAGAUCAAGAGCUUAGUUACUUGGAAUGCAAUGAUCACUAGCUUGGGUGUCCAUGGAUGUGGGGAAGAAGCUCUUGCUCUAUUUGGCCAGAUGGAGAAGGCAAAUGUAGUGCCAGACGCAAUUACUUUUGUCGGGGCUUUAUGUGCUUGUGUACAUAUGAACGAUCUGGAGAAGGCAUAUGAGUUAUUUGUAAAUAUGAGAGAACUAUACGACAUCACACCUCUUCCAGAGCAUUAUGCUUGCUUGCUUGAAUUAUAUAAUCACGCCUCUGUGCAAGAUGAGGACUUUGAUUUUCUUAGCAACACCGAGACGGAGCAAAACAAUAAUAUAUUGGCAGCUUUUCUGGAGGCAGAUAUUGCCCAAGAUGUUUCAAGUGCAGAUAGGAUUUUUCCUUCAAGUUUUGAAGAGGCCUCGAAAAUGGAUAGUAUUUACAGAGGUCAGCUACCCUGCUUCAAAUGGGAUGUAGGCUGACAAUUGAUGUUUUCCUGCCAUACUCCAUGUACUAUAGAUACUGCCUGACCAAUGUAGUCUUUAGUAUCGUCUUGACUACCAGCUACAGCUUUCAUGCAGUAGAAGUUAUGAUCCUAAAGCUCCCUGACAUGGCUUGAGCUGACAGUUAAAUUUUGUCUUCCGAAGAACCUUUUACACUGUAUAAAUGAUGAUUCUCAAGCUCUGCAACUUGGCCAGUGAUGAUGAUCUGAUCAAUCAAUCACUUUUUGUUUCAAACUCUACAGCUUAGGUGGAAUGGAUUAUUUGUGUUGCUAUGAGAUCCAUUAUUCUAUUGUCAACUUCGUUGCACUAGCGUAUGCUUUGACCAAGUGAAAAAUUGCAUGACGCUGUGAUAAUUUAUAAUAUGGGCCUGAAGCUUGGAUUCUUUUUACUUCUUUUCAAUGGCCACCCAUUGUUGUAUUAAUGAUAUUUGAUGAAUUUGACAAUUUCUGUUGUUGGAGUUAGAAAAUCUAUCUGUAUAGAAUAAUAGCUCGUAGAAGAUUGUUAGGAUUUCUAAAAGUACCUGGACAAAAUGUUCUCUUGUCAAUUAUUGGCUUGUAUUGGUGCACUAUUGCACAAACCUUAUUUUGAAAGCAUUUUCUAUGUUUUUUUGUCAUUCUCUUAUUGGAUCACCUCAUCAUUUUGCUUCUUUAUCAACCUGUCAGUUUGCUGGUGUGUCUGAAAUAAAUCAAUAGAGAUGUCUAUAAUUCAAUCAUUUUCUCAAUUGUUUGGCCUAAUCAAUCAAUUACAGAACUACUUCAGAAACUUAUGUGGAAGUAAGAAAGGAAGGAAGCACGUGGUUUACAAACUUUGUGCGAAGAUAAGUGAGGCUUGAUAUUCAAGGUUUUAAAGGGUCAGCUAAAGAGCUGAGUGCUGAUGAGCCAAGAUGUAGAUGGGUCACAUGGGCUCCUCAUGCAAACUUUAGCAGGAUCCUCUUUUUAGAAAGCAUAAUUCUUGCUUAACGUGUUUAGAAUUUGAAAGAUCUUGGAAGCAUGAAAAUAUCAGUCAGUUUCGCCUCACAUUGGUACUCCACAUUAUUUCAUGGCUGAAUUAGCGGAGUCAGAUGUGUUGGAUCUAAAUUCUCAACCAAGAUAAGUACGGGGCAUAGCGAACUGUUAAAUGCUCGAUGUGUUAGGUUUGUUUAUAUUUAAUGGCAAGUACUUCCAUUAUCUUUGUCCAUGCUCAUCUGUUUUCCUAUUCUUUUAUUCAAUUUCCUUGGAAGAAUUACAGUUUGUGAAGUAGAUGUUUUAUAGUCCUUACCCUAUUACCUAUGAUAUGGUUUCCUUAUGCUCUCCUGGGCCUUAACAUUUUUGGAUCAACUGGGGCUGGAGCAUGAAACUGCUUCAGUUGACAUGAUGUGAGAUGAUUCCACCUUUGAAUUGCAUAAUAACAUGUGAAUAAGUUCAUUGGUGUCAAACUUUACAAAAAUUAUAUUGAUGCCAAAGAAUCAAUAACUAGCAGAUGGUAAGCCCAGAAUCGAGCAAUGUUGCAUAGACUACUUGUUUGCAGAUAAUGAGGUUAAAUAUCGAUAUAUACCUUCACUGCCUACUUGCUUUUUUUGUCCUUUAACGGAGUGAUUAUAGUUUACUCUUCCCAAACUUGAAGGGAGUUGAAAGGAUGUAUGAGUGUGAUAUUAUUUUCUCUUCUUGAAGAAUGAGACAGAUUGGUCAUGUUGGGCUUGUGGGAAGAUCAAGAAUCUGUAGAACAUCAACUUUUCAUUCUUAGUAAGUAAUGAUGAUCUAGUGAACUUUUGUACGUCGAGUUUUGUGCGUCCUAAUCAAAGGUGAGCUACUCCUUUUCCGCCUGAUGGGAUGAUGCAUUAUUUUUCAUUUUGCUUUUCCAAUUAUCUGCACUCUUUUAAAGUAUAGACUUCCUUCCUGUGACAGGAGGGCAACAAAAAAAAACUUAAAGCUGCACAAUCCCUAACAAAAGAAAUGCCCGAAGCAUGGGCUUGUAGCAAAAUGCUCAAACAGGGAGUAGCUUGUUGAACUAUGAUAGGAGAACUAAAGUGUUGUAGAGCUUUCAUUCUUCCAAGGUCAUUUUCAUAUUUCUCAUCGGAACUUCCUGGAGCUGCGAUUACUUCAGCACGGUAGAGGAGCUUUGUCUCUCUGGGAACUAUGGAGAGGCCUUCUAGAAGCAUAUGCCGGGUCAGUGGAGAUCACCAUGCAGGCAUUCUGUGCCACUACCUUCUUCAAAAUGGAUCUGCCCAAUAUGUUUUCCUUGAUAUAUAUGAGGGAUGUUAUGUAGGUGUCAACCAAUACCGUAGCUUCCAUGCAGAAAUGAAUGCCCAUAUAUGUGCUUCCUGCAAUGGCCUGAUUCUGAUCACUCUUCCAUCAGCAAACGGCUUAUCUUACCACACUUAUGAUCUGUUUGCCAAGCAGUGCGUGUCACUUCCACAGCCCCAGAUCACGAGGCGAAGCAUCGGAACCGCGUUGGCUUUUGACGGCCAAUGCUACCAAGUUGUGCGGGUCUUCAGAGUUGAAGCUAAAUCAGUUACUGCAAACAAUCCAUUAGCAUCUUCGGAAGAGGAUGAUUGGCUAGAGAUGGAAAUUUUCUCGUCUGAAACAGGCAUGUGGAGUCAUUAUUGUCCCUUAAUCCGUCUACCACCUGAACUUCCAAAACUCAGCACAGCCCCUCUCUUCGCUAAUGGAGCAAUACACUGGGAAGUUGGGGGAUACUUGCUUAUGUGCAAUCUCAGCCAGCGCAACUGUAAGCUCAUUAGACUUCCGAACCAAUCUCCAAAUUGGACGUGGCACACGAUGACCUUUGGACAGUGCUUGUGGGAAUCCGAAGGUUUGGUACAUUAUUGUUACUCUAAUAUCGAAGGAAUCCACACUUGGGCUCUUCUCAAGGGACAAGAUCACGGCAGCUGUCCUGAUUACUCCAGCUGCGAUAUUGCAAGUUUCGAGUGGACACUAGUCCACUCCAUCAAACACGAAACCUUAAUCUCACGCAACCCAGAUGUUUUCAGGAGACUCGAAUCACUUGUUCACACCGUCAAACACGAAACCUUAUUAUCUCACAGGGCAGAUGUUUUCACGAAACUUGAACAGAACAGGUAUUACUUUUCGUUGUUGAACUGGAAGCCAUACUUUAUUUCUCCUUGCGGGUAUAGCUCAGUUUUGAAAGUCAUCUACCUGAGGCUUCCCGGAGUUAUCGUUUCUUACGACCCAAGUACCCAAAUCUUGAGCGAGAUCUGCACGUUUGAAUGCCCAAACUUGGACUUCCAUUGCUGCUCGGUUUUCGUGGUCGAUUAUCAUCUUCAGGGAGAGUCUCGGAUGGAAGAUGCUGGAUCAUCCAGGGGAAAGAAGGAGCUCGUGCACCUGCCAUUAGCAGAUAUGAUAGUUCAAAAGAACAGUAACGAGAGCUGUAAGUGAAACGAGAAUGGCAGAUCAGGCUUUUCUCUUUAUUCUCCAAGUACAUGCUUCGUUUUCUC